CUGGAAUGUGGUCCCCUCUUUCACGUGACUCGUCUCAACUUUGGGCACGCGCGCAGAGUCCGAAUGGGAUCGGACAGGAUCAGACACGGUACUAAUACUUUGUCACCGGAUGGGAGCGCCAUUUUGAGAGCACCUUUCUCUUCACCUUAAUCUUGACCUUUCGACAGCUUUGGACCCGACCAUUAGAGUACCAAUGCUGUUCAACGACACAGCACACGCGUGCUCUGGCUUCAUAGACGGGGAGAACAUAUGUCUUUCGACCCUCAAGGUUCCGUUCUACUUCGCUAUGCGCCAGGAUCUUUUUGACAGUGUGUCCGACACUGCGCUCGCUCUUGCGGCACCGGUUGUUGCAUACUGGUUGCUUUCGUUGUUUUUCCACUGUCUAGACAUGUCCGGUUGGAGAUGGCUGGACAAGUACCGAAUACACCCGUCGGAGGAGGUGAUGUCCCGCAACCGCGCAACACGCACUGAAGUCUUCUGGGCGGUCAUCCUCCAGCACACCAUUCAAACGGCACUUGGCUACGCAUGGUUUGCAGAGGUCGCACGCGUAUCUCCGACUACAUGUUAUAAUCAGAUGGAGGCAGUGGCCAAGAGUUUGGUGCGAGUGACGAGGUUGAUCCUUGGUUCCCAUAUAGCAGACGCUUUCCUGCAGCGUGGAGGAGCCGAUAUCACACAUUGGUUGUAUUGGUGGGGCAUACCGGCUGCGCAGUUUCUAUUUGCCCUCUUCAUCAUCGACACAUGGCAAUACUUCCUCCACCGUUUGAUGCACACCAACAAAUUUCUGUACAAGCAACUACACUCAGUACAUCAUCGGCUUUACGUGCCUUACGCUUUUGGCGCAUUGUACAACCAUCCUUUGGAAGGUCUUAUACUGGAUACGUGUGGUGCGGCUGUGGCAGAAUACCUCGCUGGACUUUCUGUCAGACAAGCCAUGUUCUUGUUCGCUUUCAGCACGUGCAAAACCGUCGACGACCAUUGCGGAUACAGCUUCCCAUUCGAUCCGCUUCAGGUAUUCACGAUGAAUAACGCAGACUACCACGACAUUCACCAUCAGGCUAUUGGAAUUAAAUCUAACUUCUCACAACCUUUUUUCGUACAUUGGGAUGUAAUUCUGGGCACUAGAUUAACCAGAAAACAAAUCGAGGAACGCAGACAGAAGGUCAAAACUACGUGAUAUCUCAUCGGCUAUAUACCUCUGUCUGCUCUACUUUUGUUGGCUGUAAAACAUGCAUUUAAUGAGGCGGUCGAUAAUAUCUUGUUGCAUACCGUUCGUACAUUACAUCCUGACCUUUUCGUGUUGAUUUACGUACUUAGAUUUCCGUCAAGUUGGCUUCUUUCACACC